AUGUCCAAAAUCGACGGUUCAAAAUACAGUGUAUCGGCUUCCAAGAGUAAUGGCGUUCCUAUUUUGCGGUGCACUGCCAAAUCUAAUGUCUUUCCCACCACCCUCAAGUAUGGUAACGACGUAAUCUGGAAGGGAAAUGAUGGAACUACUUGUAAAUCAGCCCUAAUCUACUUUGAUGGAAACAAGCCCAAGGCUGCUGUAUUAGGAUAUGAAUUGGAUGGGCGCAGCUCCGAUAUGUUCCUCUAUAAAGACACAUACAACUGGGUAGAAGAUUAUGACAUGUACAAGGAGACAGUGGACAACCUUGUAGAGGCAGCCGAAGGUAGAGAAGAGGAUGAUGAUGAUGAGGAGGAGAAAGAAGAAGAACGAGUAUACGACGAUGAAGAUACAAUGGAUCUGGAACUCGAUGAUGGCUGGGAUGAGCCCACAUCUCAGGAGCAGGAAGAUGAGGACGAGGACCCCGAACCAGAGAGACGUCCUCGAAAAAGCAGAAAGUCAAGACGUAGGAAAUCUAAAACACGCAAAUCCAGAGGUUCCAAUGAGAAAUUACCAGAGGAUGAAGAUUCAGAAUUUCAGGACGAUUUCUGGGAUACUCCGGAUGACUACUCUGAAAGACAAGAUGAUACCCAAGACGAACCAGAUGAACUUGUAAUUGAAGAAGAUGAAGCAGUGCAGCUUACAAAAUCUUCUGGUAGUCCAGUUAGCAUUGAUAUAGCCCAACCAAGUUCAGCUUGCAGACGUUUUGAAUACAUCUAUGAAGAUAAUCACGUGAGACUUCUUAUUCCACAUGAUGGUGUUCCUGUUGUAAGGAUGUUUGACGGUAAAACUAUUUUAUGGGAGAUGACCUCUAAUCAGACUUUUGAGUUUUCCAAAAUAUAUCUCAAUAAGUAUAGGAAGCCUGAACUCGUUCUUAUCGCAACAACAACGAAUUCAGUUGAACUUUAUACACGUUUUAAGAAGACUUGGAAGGGGUGGAAAAAGUGUGAGGACUAUAGCAAUGAGCUUGAUAAGCUAAAGAUUACCUCAGAGGCAAACACUGCAUUUACAAUUCACUUGGAGGAUAAGAAGGAUACGGAGGAAUGCACAAUAUUUGAAGCUCGAAUGAUUAAUUUUUACACACAGUUCUUCUUUCCUAAACCUGGAUACUUCGCGAGGGAAGUAAUGUACAAUGGCGUUACGCUAUGGAAGAGUACAAAUGGCAAUGAAAGGUGCAUUGGAUGUGACUUGUAUCUUAAGGGACGUGGACCUCCACUCCUUGUAGUUGUCAUUCAGGGAAGAGUAAAAGGGUACAAGUUUUUCGAACUAGUAGGAUCUAGAUGGGUUCCAGUUAAGGACGGAGAAUUUCCUGAAAAAUUGGAACGCAUGAAGAUUGCCAAUGGGAAGCCGUUAAAAGAUUUUGAUGAGACGAUUGAACCGGAAGAACAGGAUAUGAAUGUCCAAGAACCACCGGAAGAAGAGGAAACAGAUUAUCAUCUGGAUAAUGAAGAUAAAGAUGAAAAGAGUGAGAAGGACUAUGAAGAUGUUGAGGAAACAGAGGAAGAGGACAAUGAGUUAGAUGAGAAUGAGGAAGAAGAUGAACCUCCAUCUCAAGAGGUGAAUGUGACUAGAAAUUAUUCAAGGUCAACUGGAGGCUCUUCUGACCGUGUUGAUACCUCCCCUUCUGCAACGAAUAAACUUCCAAAUUCACAAAGAGGAGUAAAGCGUCAAGCUGCAAAGGAUAAAGAGAUAAAGGAUCAACCCUUUGAAGUAUCCAAUGGUGCAACUAGGAGGAAAGCUAAAACUCCCACCAUUCACAGGGAAACAAAAGAGACUAGUGGAGCUCAGAGAGUUCCUGCCAAUCAUGUAAACAAUAAUGUACACAUGCAGCAGAAUAUAAAUUGUAGAGAAACUACCAAUUAUAAUAAAGAUCAAAACAUUCAGCCUAAACACAGUAAAGUAAACAAUUCGCAAAGAUCGGACAAACACAGAAACACUGAUAAUCUCGAAAGUGAAUCAGGAUUGACUGAUGCUGCAGGUGCACUCAGAGGAGGUAGCCAAUAUACAGUCAAUGAUACAAACACAAUAGACACGAGUAGAGAAAUUGAAUCCGAAGAAGAGACACACUACACAGAUUUUAGAGAUUUAUUUGACACUCAGUCAUAUUCAGAAACCAAACACACGGGAGAGUUUUCUGUGGACAUGAGUGACAGUUGUAUUUCUGAUCCCACCAAGUGGAUACUCCCUAAGAAGGGAUAUAAAGAGGUUAAUCCCAUGAGAAAGAUGAUAACGCCUCUCUUCUUUCCAACAUUUCAGAGUGAUACAGUUAUUAACGUUUCAAAGUAUCAUCCAAGCUUUUACAAUCUUUACGAUUACUAUUUUGACGAUGUGAUCACGAGGCUUAUUAUUCCAGAGCAAGAUGUUACAAUGACAAAGUUGACGAACGGUAGAAGUGUCAUAUGGAAUGCAGGGGAAGGAGAGAGUUUGGUGUAUGCCACGAUCCAUUUGAAGGCAAACAGACCAGUCCUGGUCUACAUUUUAAAAGAUUGCACCUCAAAGAACAAAAUUGAUACACUGCUUAGAACCAAUAAAGGAUGGAAACAUAUAACCAACUACGUUGCCGUCCUCAAGAGCAUCCCUAGGCCGAAGAUACCCAGGUUUGAUUUUACCAUGGAUCUCAUUCGCUCAGAUAACGCCAGGUUCAAGGUAUUUGAUGCAAUGCUUGGCGGCAUCAGAACGAGAUUCUUUAUCCCGAGACGAGGGUUUCGCGCCGACAAGGUCCAUCAUAACGGUGCGGUGAUAUGGAAAGCUCAGAAUUAUAAACGCAAAAAGGCUAGAUUUAAUUGGAGGGCAAUUCUCGUGAGAGCUUACUUGAAGAGAAACUCUUGUUAUCUCAUCAAGAUAACGUUAAGGGCCCACGACGGUGCACUCAGUUCCGUAAACUACAUUAAUUCAUUUGAUAGAUGGGUUGAAAUAGAUGGAUCUGAAUCGGAGAGAUCUAGAUGGAUACUGAGAAACAAUACAGAUUUUUAUGAAUGA